AUGGACGCUCCAAACGAUACCCUCCGAUCUCAAUCUGACCAGACUCCACAAACCGAACGACCUGCUUGCGAAGAGGGCACUAGGGGCCAUAAAGAUGGUCGAUUGAUACAAAAUAAUACUGAUGGUGCCCGAUUAAAGCAGUUGUUGGACACGGCGCUAUGCUUUCUCUCAACAUGCAGUAACGAAACGCUGCUUCUUGUACUAUUCUGCCUCAUGGGGACCACGUACAUAGUCCUUGGAAGACUUGGGCUAUUACUUAUCGGCAUGGCUCUUGGUGUCGCAUUACAUGCAUCGUGGGUGGGCAUGGAUCAAAGUAAUUCAUCGGAAAAUACCAUUAUCGGCAGGAAACAGCUCUCGUUGAGUAUAGUCCAUAAACUACUUCACUGGGAGGAAACCUAUUUUGUUAAAGCCGAUUCAAACGCUCACGGUGCUGGCGAAGAUCAUCAUAGGGCUCUGUCGGUGUCGGAUGUUGAUGUACUCCCUUUUGGGCCCAUCACGGCUAGCGCUUUACACUCAUUAAUCGAGGCGGCAAUGCGAGAUUAUGUGAAUUCUUGGUACGAGCCAAUUCUUCCUUCCGAGUCGACAUUUCCGAAUGCUUGCCAGGCGGUUUUGACAAAUUUCAUCACCUCCAUUGCCUCACAUCUCUCUCGUAAACGAGCUGCAGAUACUGUCUUAGAGUUUCUCACCAAUUCAUCUUCUAUUAUCAUUGUAUUCCUGAAUGAGCUCUCUGCCGCUUUUCAGGCGGCUGGUCCUAACGUCACUGCAGAGCACGCCGUGCUACAAUACAUGGAAUCGAAUCCUGAGAGCAGUCUCUCGAGUCUUCUGGCGCAUCAGCAACAGCGCCAAAAGCUUCAAACCAUCUCGGAUGAUCUUCUCUCCCGGUACCUGGAUUCAAAUGCAUACAACUGUAUUCCGGUCCGGAACUUCCUUCGUGAAAUUUUGACAGGGAUUGCCUUCGAGUCAACAAUUACUAGUCUUUCGCGGCCUGAAUUUAUAAACGGCUGGAUCAUUUACUUAUUUAGCGAGGGUGAAUCCGAGAUCAUGAGUGCAAUCGAUGCUGGCUUGGAGGGAGCUCGCAGCCAUGGCGUAGCAGCGGCUAAAGAUUCGGAAGAGACAUCACGACCUGCUUCGAUCUCUCAAAAUGGAAGCGUGGCGGAAGGCAGUGUUUCCGCCUAUCAUGCUCCAAAUGUCCCCGGUCAGGUGUUUGAUAAGGCGGACAAAGCCACACGAGAAGCCAUGUUGGAAGCCAAACGCCUGAGCGACAUGAUUGCAGCGCAAAAUUUACCAAAGUAUAUUGAGGAGACAACGCAAAGCGAGAUACGCGGAGAACAUGGUACCCGAGAUAACAAUAUCAUAAUUGCCAACGCAGGCGUGGAAUGUUCUGCAGAAGAACAGCAGAGUAAUGCAGCGAUCGAAUCUUACCCUUCUGAGUCGGCUCAAGACGUACAGCAAGUUCAACCCAGCGAACUGGGCGAUUUGGUCACCCUGCCGUCAUUACCACCUAUGGAGACUUCCACGGGUUCGUCUUUAGGCAGUAAUGUUACCACCUCAGCGCCCAGUCUUUUUCGUGCGUCUGUCACGGUGGAUGAUGGCUGCGAUUCCAGAGACAUGUCUGCAUUGCGAACGAAACCUACAUCAAACUACCUGAUUCAGGUCGAGUUGCACUCCGGACAUUCCAGUGGUUGGAUGGUAUUUAAGAAAUAUGCGGACUUCGAAUCCAUUCAUGAAACAUUAGUAACGAUAGCAAGAUUGAAUCAACUGCACUUUGGAGAUUCCUAUCCGCACGUUCCACCUUGGAAAGGACGAACACAUCAAGCUCUAGCACGGGAUCUAGAACGAUAUCUUCAAGAAGCCCUUCAGCUGGAACCCCUUGCCGAGAGUGUGACGAUGAAACGAUUUCUCGAAAAAGAUCGCGGCCUGGGGAUCGAGGCCGCGGACUUAUCAGAAAAACCUGGCUUUGUUUUCCCUGGUCAAGCUACGUUUGAAAAUGUUGGUAAGGGAGUUCUGGGCGUGUUAACGAAUGGCCCCCGGGGAGUUUCGGGAGGCAGCAAAGCCGUCCUUGACAGCGUUUCCGGUGUAUUUGGAGGAGGUCUCGGCAAAAAGUCACCAGUUGCCCUCCGUGCGGAUAAUGACAAAGUAGCCCGCAAGGACCCUCUUAAGCAUGGACCAGCUCUGAGAAAAGGUGACCCAAAAGAGGAGGAUUUGAAGCCCAGUACAGAUACGAGGGGCGGUGCAUCACUAUCCCAAACGCUGAAGGUAUGCGAUUCAGAUGACUUUGCCACGUCCGGUGAGAGCGCGUUUCCUACUGAAUCAUCUACUCCUGUGCCGACUCCCGAGUCUGGGGGUAACCCUAUCAACAAAGCUGGCGAUCAGCCCUGGUCCGUUUCUGCUUCGAUAGAUCGAGUUAAUCAGAAAGUUGAUUCACCCAGUCUCUUAGAAGAAAAGCAAAACAAUGAUAUCGCUCUCAUGGAAAGCAGAAACUCUACGGAAACACCGGCUGGGCGGCAAAGCAACCCUAUUACGGGAGACGAGACGCGAGUGGCUGUGGAGCUUAUAUUUGCUGUUAUCAAUGAAUUAUAUUCAUUGUCUUCGGCUUGGAAUAUACGCCGGACUCUGUUAAAUGCCGCAAAGUCAUAUAUCCUUCGACCAGCAAAUCCGAGCCUAGAGACUAUUCGUCGUCUCCUGCAGGACUCCAUGAUUGACCGUCAUACAACUGAUGAGGCCAUUGGAACGUAUCUGGCUAAACUCCAAGAGAACGCUCUGCCAACUGCGGAGGAGCUCAACUCUUGGCCACCUGCCAUGUCUGAUGCAGAAAAGGAGCGUCAGCGGGAGGCUGCUCGACGAAUCCUAAUCCAAAAAGGACUUCCAAAAGCCAUAACAGGUGUUAUGGGAGCAGUAGCUAGUCGAGAAGCUCUAAGUAAGGUUUUUGACAGUCUCCAGAUUAAUAUUGUUGCAAGAGGACUUGUUUUCUCUAUCUUUUUGCAGGCAAUGAGGGCUAUAGUCUUUUAA